ACGAAAUACUCUUGCGAAGUUAACUGCAGAAGGCGUUUGGCAGUUCCAGGGAGUGAACGUGCAUGCACGGCUGGAAAAGCGGAGUGAUAGAGCCAUUGGGGGAUACCCCUGUAAGUAGAGUGAAAAAAGAUGGAGAAGCCACCAUUGCCCAAUGAUGAGGAGGGGACUGGGAUGAUGACAGAGAGUCAGUCAGAGGUUCAGCUCCUGGACACGGCGGCAGAUCAGAGUCAGUCCGCGGUUGAUCUGGACCCCUCUCGACCAGCCUGGGACAGCAAACUGCAGUAUGUGUUGGCCCAGGUGGGGUUCAGCGUGGGACUGGGGAAUGUCUGGAGAUUCCCUUAUCUCUGUCAUCAGAAUGGAGGAGGAGCGUUUCUCCUUUUGUAUGUGUUGCUCCUGGUGGUAAUAGGAGUUCCCCUGUUCUUCCUGGAGCUCGCGGCAGGCCAGUGUAUCCGACAGGGAAGCAUCGGGGUGUGGAAGCACAUCUCCCCCAGACUGGUGGGGAUCGGAUACUCCAGCUGUGUGGUUUGUUUUUUUGUCGCUCUCUAUUACAAUGUCAUCAUUGCCUGGAGCCUCUUCUACCUGGGCAACUCUUUCCAGUAUCCCCUGCCAUGGGAACACUGUCCUGAACUGAGCCCCAACAGGACUGUGAAAGAAUGUACCAGCAGCUCUCCCACCUCAUACUUCUGGUUCCGCAAAGCUCUGGACAUUACGGACUCCAUAGAGGAGACGGGGGAGUUCAAUCCCAUAAUGACCGGCUGUCUGCUGGCUGCCUGGGUUAUCGUCUGCCUCGCCAUGAUCAAAGGCAUCAAGUCCUCUGCCAGGGUGAUGUAUUUCUCGUCUGUGUUCCCCUAUGCUGUGCUGCUGUGCUUCCUUAUCAGAGGGCUGCUGCUGGACGGAGCCUCAGAAGGCGUCGCCUACAUGUUCUACCCCAAGCUCAAAAUCUGGGGGGAGGUGCAGGUGUGGCGCCAGGCAGCCACUCAGGUGUUCUUCGCUCUGGGGCUGGGUUUUGGAUCUGUCAUCGCCUACUCCUCCUACAACCCUCGCCACAACAACUGUCACCGUGACGCCCUUAUGGUGUCCUUCAUCAACUUCCUCACUUCUGUGCUGGCCUCCCUCGUGGUGUUUGCCGUGUUGGGCUUCCGGGCCAAGAGCAUUGCCAUGGACUGUGUGGUCCGCAAUGUGGAUCUUCUGACUGAGAUGUCCGCCACGGGCUCCUCACACCACCACUGGCCGUGGUCUGACAUGUCUGAUCCCAGGUCAGUGUCCCUGGCAGAUUACAGAGAGUGGUUCAAGCACUAUGGCAGUCAGAUGGGGGGAAACAUCACUGACUGCGUCCUGGAGGAUGAGAUGAACAAGGGUGUGGAAGGCACCGGCCUUGCCUUCAUUGCCUUCACUGAGGCCAUGGCGCUGUUCCCUGCCAGCCCUUUCUGGUCGGCGCUCUUCUUCCUCAUGCUGCUAAACUUGGGCCUCAGCACCAUGUUUGGCACCAUGCAGGGCAUCCUCACUCCGCUCAUGGACAGCUUCAAGGCGUUAGGCCGCCACAGGACCAUCCUCACUGUUUGCAGCUGUAUCCUGGGCUUUCUGAUCGGGCUGCUGUUCACACAGCGUUCGGGGAACUACUUUGUGACGAUGUUUGACGACUACUCCGCCACCCUGCCGCUCAUCAUAGUCGUGGUCUUCGAAACGCUCUGCGUGUCCUGGAUGUAUGGGGCUGACCGCUUCCUGGAUGACAUUGAGGUCAUGUUGCAGUGGCGCCCCCCGGUGUUAUAUAAGUAUCUGUGGAAGUACGUGUGCCUGCUGGCCAUGGUUGGACUGUUGGGAGCCAGCUUGCUGCGCAUGCUCUUCAAACGUCCCACAUACACCGCCUGGAACCACAACACAGCUGAGGAGACCGUGCUGGAGUACCCCGGCUGGGCCCUGGCUGUGCUGACGCUGCUGAUCCUGUUUGCCUCCCUGCCCAUCCCUGCGGGCUACAUCCACUACCUCCUGAAGACCCGGCUGAGCCGCAGCGGGGAGGGGGGGCACCAGCGGGAGGCAGAGAGGGAGAGAUACGCCAAGUGCAACUCGGCCGAGCCCAACUCCGCCCACGAGCUUGCGCGAUUGGACGAGGAUGGUGACGGGCGUCCCAGGGCCUCCUUCCUGCCAUUGGGCACAGAUGAAUAUAGGCUCCUCCCCCAGCAGGAAGAGGCAGAGGAUGAGGAAGACACCGGGGUUUGAGAGGAUGGCAGAGGGGAGGGAGCCGGAAAAUAGACAGAUGAGAGAAUAAACUUCUGGAGUUGGCAGAUUGCUGCAGCUCUUAAUAAGAAGAAUGAAUACAGAAGAAUUAUUGGAGAAUACAGAGAAAUGGCUUCCUCCUUACGUGACUGUAUAGAGACCAGUUAACCCAUCCACUCUUACAUAUUACUGUGUGUUAGAGUUCUUUGUGGUCCCUGUCAUGGG